AUUAUUUUCAAGUCCACCAAUGACUGAGGAGGAGAGUGCGGACAACCCAACAAGCAUUCUUCUUUGUUACCCACCUUUUCCUUUUCCGUACCUCGUUAAAGGUCCCACAAAAUCUGGAAAAAAAACCCCUCACUAAGCAAAGCCCUUCUACUAUACACUCUACAACUAUAUCAUGAAAUAAAAAUGAGUGCCAAUAGUACAUUGGAGCAUAUACUCGAGGAAAUACUUGAAGUGCUCAAGCCCAGGCACGAGGAAUUGGCGACACGUGCUCAAGUCAUUAAUGAACUACGAAGAGUUGUUGAAUCUGUGCCAAGUUUGAGAGGUGCAGCAGUGGAGUCAUAUGGGUCAUUUGUGUCCAAUCUGUUCACAAAAUGGGGUGACGUGGAUAUUUCCAUCAAUUUAACCAAGGGUGGAUAUAUUUCACAUGUUGAAUAUGACCGCAAAAUAAAACUACUUGGAGAAUUGAAAAAAUAUUUGAUAGAUCAAUGGCAGAUGGUGCGAUUAAUCCCUGCAAGAGUUCCAAUUCUAAAAUGCGAGAGUAGCCACAAUAUCUUCUCUUGUGAUAUAUCAAUUGAUAACUUGAUUUGCCAAAUAAAGUCCAAACUCCUUUUGUGGAUCAGUGAGAUAGAUGGGCGGUUUCGUGACAUGGUUUUACUGGUCAAGGAAUGGGCGAAAGCUCAUGAGAUAAAUGAUGCAACUUCAAUGGGUGGGACUUUCAAUUCAUACUCUCUUACUUUGCUUGUGAUAUUCCAUUUUCAGACAUGCGAGCCUGCAAUUUUUCCACCUCUUAAAGAUAUAUAUGCAGGAAACGUUACUGAUGAUCUUCAAGGUCUGAGAACAGAGAGAAAUAUUGCUGAAGCAUGUGCUGCUAACAUAAGAAGGUUCAGACAAGACAAAUCCAGACGAGUUAAUCACAGUUCUUUGUCUGAAAUUUUCAUUUCAUUCCUUGCAAAGUUUUCUGACAAAGAAUUCGAGGCCUCAAAGUUAGGAAUUUGUACCUAUUCAGGAAAGUGUGAGAGCAGAAGAAGAUGGUCAGACAAUUCUGAUGCGAUAUUGAUUGAGGAUCCUUUUGAUCAGAAAGAAAACUCUGCAAGGGCUGUUAGCAUGAGUGGAUUGACUAGGAUAUCUGAAGCAUUUGAGAUGAGUAGGGUUAUUUCAGAAGAUCAGAAUCUAGAUUCUCUGCUUGCCACACUUGUUCGACCACAAGUAUCCCAGGAAAUUAGAGCACGUCACAAUCAAGGCCAGCACAGUGGAGAUACUGGGACAUCAAGUGUCUUGGUUGGUGGCCUUUUGUUGGGAGGCUUGGCAGCUGGGACACUAGGCUACAUGUAUGCACCCGAGUUAAGCAAGGUAGCUGGCGAUCUGAGGAGGAAGUUUUUUGAUGAUUCUUAUGAUGAUUCAGAUAAAUGGUGUGCCAAUAGUACAUUGGAGCCUAUACUCGAGGAAAUACUCAAAGUGCUCAAGCCCAAGCAGGAGGAUUUGGCAACACGGGCUCAAGUCAUUAAUGAACUACGAAGAGUUGUUGAAUCUGUGCAAAGUUUGAGAGGGGCAGCAGUGGAGCCAUUUGGGUCAUUUGUGUCCAAUCUGUUCACAAAAUGGAGUGACGUGGAUAUCUCUAUCAAUUUAUCCAAGGAGGGUGGAUAUAUUUCAUAUGUUGAAAGUGACCGCAAACAAAGAUUACUUGUGGAUUUGCAAAAUCCUUUGAGCGGUCAAUGGCAGAAGGUGCGAUUAAUCCCUGCAAAAGUUCCAAUUCUAAAAUGCGAGAGUAGCCACAAGAUCUUCUCUUGUGAUAUAUCAAUUGAUAACUUCAAGGGCCAAAUGAAGUCCAAACUCUUUUUGUGGAUCAGUGAGAUAGAUGGCCGCUUUCGUGACAUGAUUUUAUUGGUCAAGGAAUGGGCAAAGGCACAUGACAUAAAUGAUCCAAAUAGUGGGACUAUCAACUCAUACUCUCUCAGUUUGCUUGUGAUAUUCCAUUUUCAGACAUGUGAACCUGCAAUUUUUCCACCUCUUAAAGAUAUAUACGCCGGAAAUGUUGCUGAUGAUCUUCAAGGUCUGAGAACUGUUGCAGAGAGAAAUAUUGCUGAAGCUUGUGCUGCUAACAUAAAAAGGUUCAGAAAAAACAUAUUCAGACGAGUUAAUCACAGUUCUUUGUCUGAACUUUUCAUUUCGUUCCUUGCAAAGUUUUCUAACAUCGGUGACAAGGCCUCCGAGCAAGGAAUUUGUACCAAAACUGGAGAGUGGGUGUGCAGAAGGAGCAAUAAAAGAUGGUCGCUGAAAACUGAUCCAAUAUUGAUUGAGGAUCCUUUUGAGCAGCCAGAAAAUUCUGCGAAGGCUGUUAGAAUAAGUGGGUUGACAAGGAUAUCUGAAGCAUUUGAGAACAGCCACCGUAGGCUUAGUUCAGCUGAUCAGAAUCAGGAUUCUCUGCUUGUCACACUUGUUCGAUCACAAGUAUCCCGGGAAAUUAGAGCACGUCUUAGCAAUCCAGUUUCUUAUAGUGGGGGCUACCAGCCCCACCUAACACGUCCACAUGUGCACAGGAAUGUGAACUUACAGGCAGAAACUCAGAACAAAUUUCAGAACUUGAGGUUGGAAAGCAAUUCUAACAAUCCAACCUUGACAGAAACUGUGAACAUGUAUGGGAAAUUUGAGGCAUCUGAGUCAAAAAAGCAGAACCAAUUUCAGAACUCAAGGUUAGAAAGCCGUUCCUACAAUCCAAGCAUGACAGAAAUUGUGCAGGCACAAAGUCAAGGCCAGCACAGUGGAGAUGCUGGAAAAUCAAGUCUCUCCUUUGGUGGCCUUUUGUUGGGAGGCUUGGUAGCUGGACUAGGCUACAUGUAUGCACCCGAGAUAAACAAGGCAGCUGAUGGUCUGAAGAAGUUUUUUGAUAAUUCUGAUGAUGAUUCUGAGGAACCAAAAAAUUGAGAAGCCUUUGCGGUUGAAUUCUGCCAUAAAUGAUGUUUCUGCUAAGCUUUGUGGAGAAGAUGCCCCUAAUGGAGCUGCAACGAAUUCAGAUAAAAGCUGUAGCUUUAACGUCACAGAAUAUUUUGUUGAAAUUGCCAUAUAAAUUAUAACUACUUUUGUGUGAUUAGUACUGGAAAAACAGUGUUUGGAAUCUUUUAAUCCAUUUUGAUUUUCUUUUA